AUGAGAUCAACCAGCAAAGAUGACGAAAUAGCAACAGACAUCAACAAAAUGGUCAACAAUUCUACAUCGUCAUCAAUUCUUCUCAUCAUUGCUUCUUUGUCUGACGUUGUGAAUGCAGCAAAAGAUUAUUAUAAAAUCAUGGGAGUGGAUAGAAAAGCAGACGAAAGAACGAUCAAAAAGGCUUAUAGGAAAUUGGCUCAAAGUUUGCAUCCAGACAAACAUCCUGAUAAACAAUCCGAAUUUGUGGAAAUGUCAGAAGCUUAUCAAGUCUUAUCUGACUCCGAACAACGAUCAAUUUAUGACCGUUUCGGAGAAGAGGGAAUUAAACGUCAUCAAGCUGGCAAAGCAGGCGGAGGAGGUGGCGGUCAUGAUCCUUUCGAUAUCUUUAGAAACUUCUUUGGAGGUGGCGGAGGUUUUGGCGGUCAAGCUGGAGUACGUAAAGGUCCAACAAAGCAAUUUGAAGUGAAGGUCAAUUUGGCAGACAUGUACACUGGCAGACGUGUUCAAAUUUCAUUUGACCGUUCAGCCGUUUGUCCAACAUGUGAUGGAAGUGGAGCAAGAUCAAGAGAUGAUAUUCAUCAAUGCAGUGCCUGUAAUGGAGCCGGUGUGAGAAUCGUUCGUCAACAAAUCAUGCCAGGAUUCGUAACAAAUGCACAAAUGACUUGUGAUAAAUGCGGUGGUAAAGGCAAGAUGAUCGCACAUGCAUGUGAUCGUUGCAGCGGAGCAAAGGUUAUACGAGAAGAUGUAGAAUUGGACGUAGAAGUGAUGCCUGGGGCAAAAGAAGGUGAAGAGUUAUUGUUCGAAGGAGAAAGUGACGAAAGUCCUGAUUUCGAAGCGGGUGACGUUGUGGUGAAAUUAUGGAGCGAAAGGAAUAAAAAUGCAUUUAGAAGGAGGGAUGCAAAUCUGUACACUUCGAUCGCUUUGGGAUUGGAUGAAGCUUUGUUGGGUUUUGAACGUAAUAUCACACAUUUGGACGAUCAUAUCGUCACUUUGCAUAGAAGAGGAGUUACGCAACCAGGCUACGUUGAGCGAAUCGAGAAGCAAGGAAUGCCAAAACGUGAAGAUUGGGAUACUUUCGGGGAUCUGUUCGUCGAGUAUAGCGUUGUGUUACCGGACAAGAUCGAAGGAGAUCUAAGAAAGGUACUCGAAAAAGUAUUUGGCCGACAGCCGGGAGCGAUGGACGAAAAAUCGAAAAAGGAUGGACAUACAGAGCUUUGA